AUGCGCUUGAAUCAUGCAAACCUUGGAAAUGCUAUUUUUGCAAAAUUCUUGACGGAGGUUGGAACCAAUUCGCAAGAAAUCAUUAAAAUUCCAUCAACAAUACACAAAUGCCAGGAUCUAAAGGAAUUGCUCUCAGCAGUUUAUCCACAAUUGGAUGUGGCAGAUACAUCAACCCCAUCAUUCUUAACAGAACGUACAAUUCUUUCUGCACGAAAUGAUGAUGUCAAUGCUAUCAAUAUUGCUGCGUUGAAUAUUUUUCUAGGGAAUACAUAUACGUAUCUUGCUGCAGAUAAGAUGGUUGAAGAUGAUGAAAUUGAUCCUUCCAUUACGAACAGAUAUCCUAAUGAGUUUUUAAAUUCAUUGGAUCCUCCUGGGCUACUAGCUUUUAAGGUAGAGUUGAAAGUGGGUUGUCCUAUAAUGUUAUUAAGAAACAUUGCACUGAAAGAUAGACUAUGUAAUGGCACAAGAUUGAUGGUAUCAAGGUGCGACACUCGCAUAAUUGAAGCUCGAAUCUUAACUGGAGAGAAGUUUGGCAAUUUGGCAUUUAUACCAAGGAUAUCAUUGACUCCGUCUUCUGCAGAAAUGCCUUUCCGAAUGACAAGACGUCAAUUUCCAGUUCGAUUGGCAUACGCUUUGACCAUUAACAAAUCUCAAGGACAAUCUGUGAAAUUUGUUGGGGUUGAUUGGCGUACACCUGUUUUUAGUCAUGGGCAACUAUACGUGGCAUUAUCCAGAUGCACAUCUUUCGAUCGUAUAAGUAUCCUCCUCGCUAAUGAUGAGCUAGAUUCCACUACAAAUAUUGUUUACCCUGAAGUUUUGUUAUGA